UUAGUACAAAAAAUUCUGACAGAAAACCCGAAAUUCACUAUGAAUAUUUUGAUUUAUUUUAUAUAAAAAAAUAACUUUUUAACUCUUAUAAAAUAAGGAGAGCUUCUCCCUUACAAACCGGUACUCUGCAAAUCAUGGAAGAGAAGAAUCAGAACCCAAUGAAUCUAUUCCAGCAGCUGAUGGAUGAAGGCUACCUUCUUCCCAUACUAACCGCGCUAAUCUUCCUCUCUCUCUCCUCUCUCUCUCUCAAACUUGUCUCCAAAUCCACAACUACAACUCUACCGGGCCCUCCGAAACUGCCCAUCAUCGGCAACCUCCACCAGCUGGGCAAGCACCCCCACCUCUCUCUCUUCUCUCUAGCCCGGAAAUACGGCCCGCUCUUCCACCUCCAGCUCGGCGAGAUCUCCACCGUCGUCCUCUCAUCAGCGGCCGCGGCUAAGGAAGCCAUGAAAACCCACGACCUCGCCCUCGCGACCCGACCCGAGAUCUUCGCCGCCAAAGCCCUCUUCUACAACUGCACCGACAUCGCCUUCGCCCCCUACGGCCCCCAUUGGAGAAACGUCAGGAAGCUCUGCACGCUCCAGCUGCUCAGCGCCAAGAGGGUCCAAUCGUUUGCCUUCGUUAGGGAGGAAGAGGCUUCUAGACUCGCCGCCCGCGUGUCGGGCUCCGCCGCCGCCGUUGUCGACUUGUCGAAGCUGCUCAAUCUGUACGCCAACGACGUCCUCUGCCGCAUCGUUUUCGGCAAGGAUUUCUCCGGCGGCGGAGGAGAGUAUGAGAAGUUUGGGUUUAAAGAGAUGCUUGAUGAGUAUCAAGAAUUGCUUGGAGGGUUUUCCAUGGGAGAUUUCUUCCCAUCGAUGGAGUUUUUGCACAAGCUGACGGGGCAUAGGGCUAGAGUUGAUCUAGCUUUCCAGCGUUUUGAUAAGCUUUUUAGUGAUGUGAUUGAGGAGAGGGAGAGGAUGAGUUGCAGAGAAGGGCAAAACAGGGAUUUUGUGGAUAUUUUGCUUGAGUUGCAGAAGAAUGGAGAUGGUGAGAUUCCUCUCAACAUGGAUAAUGUCAAAGCUAUCCUCUUGGACAUGUUUGCAGCAGGAACAGACACAACAUUCAUAAGCUUGGACUGGAGCAUGACAGAGCUGCUAACCCAUCCCAAAAUCCUCCAAAAGGUCCAGUCCGAGGUCAGAAACGUAGUCGGAGCAAAACAGUUGGUGUCUGAAGCCCAUCUCCCUCACCUCCACUACAUGAAAGCCCUCAUCAAAGAAGUCUGGAGAUUGCACCCCCCCGCGCCGGUCCUUCUCCCGCGUGAAUCCAUGGCCGAAAUCGCCAUCAACGGCCACACCAUCCCUGCUAAAACGCGCGUCUUCAUCAACGCGUGGGCCGUAGGCAGGGACCCCGAGUGCUGGGAGAAUCCAGACGAGUUUGAGCCAGAGAGAUUCUUGAAUUCGGAGAUCGAUUUUAGGGGCCAAGAUUUCGAGCUGAUCCCGUUCGGAGCGGGAAGAAGAAGCUGCCCUGCGAUAACGUUCGGGGCGGCAACUGUGGAGAUGGGAUUGGCGCAGCUUCUUCACAGUUUUGAUUGGGAGCUGCCGCCGCGGGUUCAGCCCCAUCAUCUUGACAUGACCGAAGUUUUCGGCAUCACAAUGCACCGGAAAUCGCCUCUCCUCGUCGUUGCCAAACCGCAUUUUUCUGAAUUCCACAACUCACAUACCUGACUAAUACUUAAUGCUAGAAGCUACCUCCGACAAAUUCGACAAGUUCACAUAGUAAGUCAUGAUUACAAAUUAAGAAGGGGUGUUAAAUGAGCUAGAUAAUUUAAAUCUUGAUCCUUUUGAGUACUAGUUCAUAUUUAGUAUUGAUUAGAUUAAGAGUCAGAUUCAUAAGUGGAGCAUCUUAAAAGUCUCAUGCAUUAGGUUAUUAAUAUCAAGUAUCUCAAGAAUCACCCAUUACACAUUAUAAAUAGUUUUGCUCUCAUUUGUAAUAUAAUCAAGUAAAACAAAGUAGAAUAUAUGAGUGUGCUGUAGCAACUCAAGCAAAACUCUAUUUC